UUCAGUACUGGACGAAUUAUUUAUUUCCUAUUUGGACUACAAACAUAAAGAGAGCGCUAUAAAACAUAUUUUAAAUCAAACAAUUAAUGCCAGUGAACGUUUCUGGCACAGCCAACGCAAUAAAAUGUCAAAGAAGAAAGGACUCAGUUUGGAGGAGAAGAGGACUCGCAUGAUGGAGAUUUUCUUUGAAACGAAAGAUGUGUUUCAGUUGAAAGACAUUGAGAAGAUCGCUCCGAAGACAAAGGGAAUAACUCCCAUGUCUGUGAAGGACGUGCUGCAGAGCCUGGUGGAUGACAACAUGGUGGACUGUGAGCGAGUGGGGACAUCAAACUACUACUGGGCCUUUCCCAGCAAGGCCCUGAACGCUCGCAAGCACAAACUGGAGGAGCUGCAGAGCCAGAUUUCUGAAGCAAUGAAGCGGAAAAAGUCCGUCGAGAAAGGGGUUGAAAAGGCUAAAGUCGGACGUCAAGAUACAGAGGAGAGGAGCUCUCUGCUGAAGGAGUUGCAGGCUCUGAGAGAGGAGCGGACUCAGCUGCAGGCCGAGUUGAACAAGUACAGAGAGUGUGACCCGCAGGUCAUCGAGGACAUGAGAAAGUCAAAUGUUGUCGCAAAAGAAGCUGUUUCCAGGUGGACGGACAAUGUCUUCGCCAUCAAGUCAUGGACAAAGAAGAAGUUCUCCUUCGACGACAGCCGCAUCGAUAAAGCCUUCGGGAUCCCAGAGGAUUUUGACUACAUGGACUAAAAGCUGCUUCUUUAUUCUUUUCUUCUUCUUUUUUUUUUUUUACCUCAUGGUCACAGUUGGCCAAAUAAUAAGUGUUGUCGCUUGAAGCCGGAGUGCCUGGUCUCAGCCGUUUAUGUUCCGUGUAUUAAGAGUGAAGUGACCCGAAUAAGGACGGAUAUCAAGUCGUUUAGCUGUGGCAGACGGACUUUAUCGGUCGAUUGUGUCGCGCUGGUGCAACCAGAGAAGAGCGGCACCGAGCACCAGCGGCUGCGGAGGGGGGAGGGGCUUCUGUGGCGAACGCAACCUAGUCAGCCGCCUGACUUUUGGGACACCUGUUGGCAUGAAAACUGAGACCUCACACAUCUGUGUAGCCAAUGUUCUCAUUUCAAUGGGUCGAACAGAUGGCUUGAAAUCGAAUUCUUGUGCACUCUUCUUAUUUUCUGAGAUGAAAAACUCUUUUUCACAUCCAGUACAUCUUUGUGUACAAAAGGUGAACGGGAUAAUUAAAUUACAGCGGAUGUGUUCAGGAUAUGUUCUGUGUACGAAUGCUGUAAAUAUUUGAAGAACGUUGGGACUUUUUUUUGCAGAACCUCUUUUAACGGCGCCGCAAAUAAAAAAGUCCCUUUUUGAGUUGUACAAGCCGUUUUCUGCAGUUUUGUUCUUUCUCAAACUUAGUGUGCCGUUUACAAAUGUAUUUACACCAGGGCUCCUCUUCUUUGUGCUCUCAAGUCUUUAGAAAUUACCCUUGAAACAUGACAAUCUGUCACAAGCACAUUCUUUUCGGAGCUAUGCAGUAUGAAAAAAGAAAAGGAAAGCUGUUGUCAUGACAUGUCGAGAAUGACUAUCGCCCUGCUUAUUUCCCUCCCUCUUUUUCUCUCAAACCAGAUGCAAAACGGCUAGUUGUGUGUUCUGUGCGUGGUGUUUACCUGGUGACAUAGUUGCGUGUCUGGGUUUGUUGAUUGUUUUAAUUUACAACGCGCUCGUCUCUUCCUACUCGCGAGUUAAGUCGUCUUUCCGGAAGGCGAAAGCUAUGCAGACGUACCGUUAGGCCUCGGUUGAGUCAUGACUUUCUUUUAUUCAUAAUGUUGCCUAGUGCACGGUAUUUUUUUAUCUGGAGGCCAUCGAGUAAGAUGUUUGUAUUAAGUGACGAUUGUUCCGUGAAAUGGCUCUUCGCAAACAUACUGCAUGUACCAAAUGCAGGAGAUCAGUUAUAUUCCCUGAUAAGGAUAAUCUACUAAUAACACGUGCAGUGUUCUUAGACGGUGUGUUUUUGUCCUAAGGGCCUUGUCAGAAAUGUUCUGGGGACUGAAGCAACAAGGAUCCAGCAAAACAAAUAAUAAAAAGUGCCUCGCUCCAGUUUUCUCAGCUGGAACUGCCACACCCACAGGAGGCUAACCUGA